AUGCCUCUUUUUUUGGACAGAUGGAAUGUGUUCUAUAAUGAAUUCAGUAUUUACUUCAAACACAAGUCAAUAAACAACCUGGGCCUCUAGCUGUAAGUGAAAUUCUAUAGGUAGAAAAACCAAUUGACCCCCACUGCCCAUAGGUGCUGUCCUGCUGUGGAAUCCCUUUGCUCAGUUUUCUCCUAUCCAAUCAGGUGGAAUGUUUCACAGGCACAUGGUUUAUACAGCUCAAAAUAACUUGGGACCUGUGAGCUGACAAAUGCUCUGGCUCCGGUGGUGACAGGUUGUCCAGCUUCUAACAGCCAUCUUCACUGAAACUAAGGUUAACUCCUCACUUUCUAUGGACAGCUACACCCUAUUUCCAAGGGCGUGAAGAAUUUUCUUUUUCUUCCGUGCUUUCAUCUAAAAGUUCUCCUUGGAUAAUUAUCAUCACAGUGGAGUGCCGGGGUUGGACAUCCUCAUCUGGGUCAACUAAAAAAAGAAAGCAUGCAAGACGACAGCCUAGAAGCCUCUACUUCCAUAUCUCAGCUUUUAAGAGAGAGCUACUUAGCUGAAACUAGACAUCAGGGAAACAACGAGAGGAGCCGCGCAGAGCCCUCUUCCAACCCCUUCCAUUUUAGCAGUCCUUCUGGAGCUGCUGAAGGUGGAGGAGGCCAAGAUGACCUUCCAGAUCUUUCAGCCUUUCUGAGCCAAGAAGAAUUAGAUGAAAGUGUCAAUCUGGCAAGAUUGGCAAUUAAUCAUGACCCGUUGGAGAAAGCAGAUGACACUCCAGCUAGAAAACGUUUUUCUUCUGACCAGAUGAAACAUUCACCUAAGUCAAGUUUUGACCCUAGCUUCUGCCAGGAUAACUCUCGAAGUCCUACCAACUCUAAAGAGAGCCUCCAAGAGGCAAAAAGGCCACAGUAUAGUUCUGAAACCCAGUCCAAAAAAGUAUUCUUAAAUAAGGCUGCUGAUUUCAUUGAAGAGCUGUCAUCCCUUUUCAAAGCCCACAGCUCCAAAAGGAUUAGACCGCGUGCCUGCAAGAACCACAAGAGUAAACUGGAAUCUCAAAACAAAGUUAUGCAGGAAAACAGUUCCAGUUUCUCAGAUCUCUCAGAGAGAAGAGAAAGAUCUUCUGUUCCCAUCCCCAUCCCUGCAGAUACCAGGGAUAAUGAAGUGAACCAUGCCCUUGAGCAGCAGGAAGCCAAGAGGCGUGAAGCUGAGCAGGCCGCCGGUGAAGCAGCAGGUGGGGACACCACUCCGGGGUCUUCUCCUUCAUCUCUGUACUACGAAGAACCUCUCGGGCAACCUCCCCGGUUCACUCAAAAAUUACGGAGCAGAGAAGUUCCAGAAGGAACCAGAGUUCAGUUGGAUUGCAUAGUGGUAGGAAUUCCACCACCUCAAGUAAGGUGGUACUGUGAAGGCAAGGAGCUUGAAAAUUCCCCAGACAUUCAUAUCAUCCAGGCAGGAAAUCUGCACUCACUGACCAUUGCUGAAGCCUUUGAAGAGGACACAGGACGCUAUUCUUGCUUUGCUUCUAACAUCUAUGGGACAGAUUCAACUUCUGCUGAGAUUUACAUAGAAGGGGUUUCUUCCUCUGACUCAGAAGGGGACCCUAACAAGGGCGAAAUGAAUCGAAUCCAGAAGCCAAAUGAGGUGUCAUCCCCUCCCACUACUUCUGCAGCCAUUCCUUCAGCAGGACCCCCAGCCCAGAAUGUGGGGGCCCAGCCCACGGUGUCAACCAUCCAGCAGUGUCAGAGCCCUACCAACUAUCUGCAAGGAUUGGACGGAAAACCUAUCAUUGCAGCUCCUGUGUUUACAAAGAUGUUACAAAAUCUAUCAGCUUCCGAGGGUCAGCUGGUUGUCUUCGAAUGCAGAGUAAAAGGAGCUCCAUCUCCUAAAGUUGAGUGGUACAGAGAGGGGACCUUGAUAGAAGAUUCUCCAGAUUUUAGAAUUUUACAGAAAAAACCUCGAUCCAUGGCAGAGCCAGAGGAAAUUUGUACUUUGGUCAUUGCCGAGGUAUUUGCAGAAGACUCUGGGUGCUUCACAUGUACUGCAAGCAACAAAUAUGGCACAGUGUCAAGCAUUGCACAGCUAGAUGUAAGAGGAAGUGAAGACCUCAGAAGUAAUGGGUCUCUUCACUCAGCCAACUCCACUACUAACCUGGCUGUUAUUGAGCAACAGCCAUCCCCACCGAACCCAGAGCCUCCAUCUGUGGAGCAACCCCCUAAACCCAAACUGGAAGGGGUUCUGGUGAACCACAACGAGCCCCGGUCCAGCUCAAGGAUUGGGCUCCGUGUGCACUUCAACCUGCCUGAAGACGACAAAGGAAGUGAAGCAUCCUCUGAGGGUGGCAUGGUCACUAUCAACCAGACCAGGCCUGAUUCUUUCCAGGAGAGAUUCAAUGGACAGUCAGCAAAAAUCUCUGAGCCUUCCUCGCCUGUCAAAGAGCCCCCUCCAGUUCUGGCCAAACCCAAACUAGAUUCCAGCCAGCUACAACAGCUUCACAACCAAGUCUUACUGGAACAACAGCAGUUGCAAAACCCAUCCCCUUCAUCUCCUAAGGAGUUUCCUUUCCACAUGAGUGUUUUGAACUCCUCGGCUGCCCCAGCGGUGACAAUGUCCAGCAAGCAGGUGAAAGCCCCUUCAUCACAGACCUUCAGCCUGGUCCGGCCAAAGCAUUUCUUCCCCUCUGCGAGCACAGCCUCGGCAACUGUGUCCCCUUCCAGUUCUCCCGUGUUCGCCCUGAGCAGCACUCCGCAAGCCAUGCAGAGGACAGUCAGCAAAGAAAGCCUCUUAGUUUCUCACCCCUUGGCGCAAACCAAAUCUCUAGGAGGGGUUUCCGUCCAAAACGAGCCCCCUGCUCCAGGUCCUGUAGAGCCAGCACAACCACCACUCACGUUCUCCAUCUCCAGCGGAAACCAGUUUCAGCCCCGCUGUGUGUCACCAACUCCUGUCUCUCCCACCAGUCGGAUUCAGAACCCAGUGGCUUUCCUCAGCUCCGUUCUGCCUUCUCUCCCUGCCAUCCCACCCACCAAUGCCAUGGGGCUGCCUAGAAGCGCACCAACUGUGCCAUCCCAGGGACUAAUGAAGAAAAAUACAAAGUCUUCCCAAUCAGUGAGUGAUGACUAUAUUCGUGAAACUAAGAAUGCAGUUAUUCUAGACUUGGGGAAAAAAAUGAAUUUCAGCGAUGUCAGAUCAAACCAACAGGAGUACAAAAUUUCAAGCUUUGAGCAGAGGCUGAUGAAUGAGAUAGAGUUUCGCUUGGAACGUACCCCUGUUGAUGAAUCAGAUGAUGAAAUUCAACAUGAUGAGAUCCCCACGGGCAAGUGUAUUGCUCCCAUCUUUGACAAAAGACUCAAGCACUUCCGGGUCACUGAAGGCUCUCCAGUCACAUUCACCUGCAAAAUUGUUGGGAUCCCAGUCCCAAAGGUUUACUGGUUCAAAGAUGGAAAGCAGAUUUCAAAGAGAAAUGAGCACUGCAAAAUGAGGCGAGAAGGAGACGGGACAUGUUCUCUGCACAUUGACUCCACCACCAGUGAUGACGAUGGCAACUACACCAUCAUGGCUGCCAACCCCCAGGGGAGAAUCAGCUGCUCUGGCCACUUGAUGGUACAAGGUUUGCCCAUUCGAAGUCGACUAACAGCUGCUAGUCAGUCUCACAGAGGAAGGUCUCGAGUGCAAGAAAGAGACAAAGAGCCCCUACAGGAACGAUUUUUCCGACCACAUUUCCUGCAGGCUCCUGGGGAUAUGGUGGCUCACGAGGGUCGCCUCUGUCGCCUGGACUGCAAGGUGAGUGGCUUACCGCCCCCAGAGCUGACGUGGCUGCUCAACGGCCAGCCUGUGCUCCCAGAUGCCUCCCACAAGAUGCUGGUCAGGGAGACCGGAGUCCACUCUCUGCUCAUUGACCCACUCACUCAACACGACGCGGGAACCUAUACCUGUGUUGCUACCAACAAAACCGGGCAGAAUUCCUUUAGUCUGGAGCUCACUGUAGUAGCCAAAGAAGUGAAGAAGGCACCAGUCAUCCUGGAGAAGCUGCAGAACAGCGGUGUUCCCGAAGGCCACCCGGUGAGACUGGAGUGCCGCGUGAUAGGCAUGCCUCCACCCGUGUUCUACUGGAAGAAAGACAACGAGACCAUCCCUUUCACCCGAGAGAGGAUCAGCAUGCACCAGGACACAACUGGGUAUGUGUGCCUCCUCAUUCAGCCAGCCAAGAAAUCAGACGCUGGAUGGUACACACUGUCAGCCAAGAAUGAAGCCGGCAUCGUGUCGUGCACUGCCAGGUUGGAUAUAUACGCUCAGUGGCACCACCAGAUCCCACCACCCAUGUCGGUCCGGCCCAGUGGCAGUCGCUACGGAUCUCUCACCAGCAAAGGACUUGACAUUUUCUCUGCUUUCUCCUCCGUGGAAAGCACGAUGGUGUAUUCAUGCUCUUCUCGGAGUGUAGUGGAGAGUGAUGAACUUUAAGAACGUCUGGGUGCCUGCUGGGUAAGGGGGCGGACUGCGGAGGGGGAAGGAGGAUGAGCCAGAUAAGGUGGUUUCCAAGCAACUGGAUUUGAGAAAGUUCCCACGCUGCCGGACCUGUGGCAAGGAGCAUGUUAAGUCAGCUGGGACUCCUGCCAUCUCAGCUGGGGGAAGAGAUGGAGGGCUGUGCCUUUUAAGGUUCCAACCAAAAUGUGAGAAGACAAUACAGAUGAACCAAAGAUGUCAUGCAGCUGCCAUCCACUGCUUUGGGAAAAAGCUAGCAUGCUUCUCUGCUCCCUUCUGUGUUAAGGAUGUUUAGGCUCUCCUAGGAGCAAUUAGGGGCCAGAGGCUUGGGCCAAGAGGAACUAGACAGUAAUGACCUUAGGUAUCACUAACUCACCAAACAAUGCAAAAGAAAAAGGCAGAGGGGGGAUCCAUCAUCUUUCAAUGAUUACAUCCAUAGCAGUAGUACUGGUGGAUUCAUUAAGUCAGCUUCUACUUAGCACUAGAAGAGGGUGCCAUACAACUCACAUAUGUGGAAAAGCACUUUUGAUUUGCUUGCCCUGGGUGUACUGAGCCACAUAAUAAAGUUCCAAAAUGUGCUUGAGAUUAAAAAAAAAAAUCACUGAAAAUCUCAAUAUUGCACAGUGCACUUAUUCUGUAGCCAAAACAGGGCCCCACCAGCCUAUCUGCACCAUUUUCUUUUGGAUACCAUGGUGAGCGGGUUUUUUUUUUUUUUUUUUCUGACUUUGUAUAUCCCUAGAUGCUAGAACUAAAGGGUUGUAAUAAACCAACCAGAAAUAAAUCUUCUGCAGGGUCACUUUUAAAAUUACUAGCUUCAGUUGCCACUUGCAAAAUAGUCAUCGACAUCAACUGCUCACAGAAUAUUGACUCUCCUGCUUCUCCCUCAUCCCCAAAAGUCUGCAAGUAUAUGAAGCAGUGAGGAAUGAAGAGAUGCAAACAAGGAGAGAAGUGAUGGGAGCGUGUUGUUGUGUGUUUGUUGUUUUUUUUUUCCAUUUGCCCGAGCAAAGCAGUGGUUGUAGAAGGAGAGGUCUUUCAUAGUUGUGAACUGCUUUGAGAUCAUUAGUCAAAUUGCAUUUUAUAUACAGAAAAUAUUAUGCUAACUGAGAAAAUGGGAGGAACAGGGAAUGUGCAUCUUUAUUCUAACCCAGCAAUUAAAAACCUGCCUCUCUGCUUAAGGAAUUUUUAGACUUUCGUUCACUGUGAUAUCCCAGUACCUGGAAGAGUGCUUUGCACAAAGCAGACAUUCAAUAAAUAUUUGCUGGGUGAAUAAAUCUUAUAUCAGAGAAUCUACAAUGCAUGCACCAGUCAAAAAUUUACCCCAGGAAUGGUCAUCACAGCACAGUUUGCUCCAGAUUCACCAGGGAGAUGAAUGAGCGUGUCUGUUAACAACUCUCUGUGCUCAAGUCUUCUGGUGUUCUCUGAGCCAGGCACCCUCAGCUGGUAUCUUACAUAAGUGAACAAAUAGUAAUUGCUUAGAAAGGCUUGAGACUUUCUUCACUUCAAGGCAAGGAUUUCCAGUACAAAAAUAAAUUCAUUCACUCAAAAAAUCA